ACCCGUUGGUUUGUUUCCGGAAGUUCGACUGUUUUGUGGAUGCUUUUUGUGUUGCCUGUCUAGCUAAGUAGCAUGCCAACUACCAUAGCCUUACUUUCUCUCAAUACCUCUGGUAUUUAUAUUUGUUAGAAUAGGCCCAUAUACAGUAAGUGCUACAGCUUAUAUCUCAAAAAUGAUAAAACAAUUGCAAUAGGACAGUUAUUGGUGGAGACAAAAUAGGUUUAGUUACCAGUAUCUUUGCUAAGGUUAGCUAAUUAGCUAGCUUCAUAUCAUUUUGAUAGACUGGAUCGUAACACUGACCAACCUGAACAAAAGUAGGUAAACUUUACGAACUCUUAACUGUAACUAGCUACACGUAGUUUGCCAUGAUGUCUGAAGCCAUCGUAACCUUCCAGUCUCAGCUCUCCGGGGUCAUGGAAACGGUCCUAAAGUCAGCCAUAUACGAGAUCACCAGGCUGGUGGAGGACAGCUUCCUAGAAGAGGUGUUCCGGAGCCGGGAGCAGGUCGAGUCGCUGAAGAAGAGGCUGCAGUGGUCGGAGAACAGUCGCAAGGAGAGGGAUAGAGAGGGAGGCCAGAGGGGGAAGUGUGCGGACUGUGGGAGAGCUGACGAGGAGACAAGCUCAGGAACCUCACAGACAGGAAUGGAGAGGGGGCGUGGCCUGAAGCAGGAGAAGGUACCAGGGGAGGAGUGGAGCAGCUGUGGGGGCGUGGCCGGGGAAACAGCCUUCCAUGAUCUGGAGGAGGCUGAGGCCACCACCCCUAGGAGAACCUCUGAGUCCACAGAGGUCAGAGGUCAGAAGCUGGACAGUCUGCUGAAAGAGGAGCCUCUCCACAACACUGAGUUACGGGAGAGAUGGGAGUUCUGCCUGGACGGGGCCGGCGGUUCAGACAUCUCGGGGCCCAGUAAGAGUUUCAGUGAGCAAGCACUGCAGCAGUGCCAGGCUGACUGGGGAUCUGUUCUAGACCAGGGGCCUAAACCUCCGGGCCCCGAGGGAGACGCAGGGGACCCCACCGACCCUCUCUACCGCCCUCGUUACAGCAUGAAGGAACUGGUGGGCGGCUUUGAGAAGUCUGGUUGCGACGGUAGUGGUGGUGGCGGCCAUCUUGUAGACAUAGAAGGGCUGGAUAGGUUUCCUGGUUCUCCGUCUCGUCUGGGGGCACUGAGCUACGGAGCUGUGGGUCACUACCAGGUGGACCUGGGGGGGUCUGAGGGGGGAGACCAUCACCAUCGCUCCCAGAUGCCUGACCCCCAUCAGAGCCAGAGGGAGCAGGUGGGGUCGCCAACGCCAUCCCCCCACCCGGAGGUGGGAGAACGGAACUGCCUGUUGAUAAACGAGGAGGGGUACCUGCAGGACUCCAGUGUCUUGUACCCCGAACAUGGUGUGCCGGAGUUGGGUAGUAGAGCUGGCCACAGUGUGCUAACCUCCAUCCACUCUGGAAGCUCAGCCCACAACAACAACACAGAGAGCCUGUAUGGUGCUGCUGACAACUUUGGACACUCUUUAAACCUCAGAGAUCAUUCACAAGAACAGGUAAAAGGAGGAGGAGGAGGAGGAGGGGGGAGGUGUCAUGCCUGCAAUCAAUGCACCAAGACCUUCCCAGAUUCCGUUUCCCUGAAGGCCCACAAGCAGAAACACGAAAUGGGUAGAGGGUUGAGCACAGGGUCAGGGUCUGGACCUCCAUACUUGCGCACCCAGUGCGGUAAGAUCUUCACCCAGGCCUGCAACCUCAAGGUCCACCAGCGGGUCCACCAGGCAGAGGGACUCCACCUCUGCAGCCAAUGCGGCAAGGGCUUCACUUCCUUCUCUGACCUGAAGAGGCACAAGUGCAGCCAGAUGACAGACAAGCCCUACUGCUGCUCCAUCUGUGGGAACAAGUUCAAUCGGCUCUGGAACCUCAAGCUGCACCAGCGCAUUCACACACAGGAGAAACCUCACCGCUGCACUAUGUGUGACAAGCGCUUCACACGGGCAGACAAUUUGAAGGUGCACCAACGUAUCCACACUGGGGAGAGACCGUACUGCUGCGCUGUAUGUGGACUCCGCUUCAAACAACUGGACCAUCUGAAGUCGCACCAGCGCAAACACAGGCCGGAUCUCCUGAAAUGAAUUUGUUUAAAAAAUAUAUACAGUACUAUUCAAAACUUUUUGGACACACCUACUCAUUCAAGGGUUUUAUUUAUUUGUACUCUUUUCUACAUUGUAGAAUUAGAGUGAAGACAUCAGAACUAUGAAAUAACACAUAUGGAAUCAUUUAGUAACAAACCAGCUUCACCUGGAAUCUUUUACAGCAGUCUUGAAGGAGAUCCCACAUAUGCUGAGCAAUUAUUGGCUGGUUUUUCUUCAGUCUGCGGUCCAACUCAUCCCAAACCGUCUCAAUUGCGUUGACGUCAGGUAAUUGUGGAGGCCAGGUCAUCUGAUGCAGUACUCCAUCACUCUCCUUCUUGGUCAAAUAGCCCUUAGACAGCCUGGAGGUGUGUUGGAUGAUUAUCCUUUUGAAAAACAAACGAUAGUCCCA